AUGGCGCCCUGUUGGUCGGUCCUCCUAACCCAGGUCAUGCUUCUAGCAGCAAUCCGUGAAGAGACCAGCAUAAGCGAGCUGGACGAGUUCGCCGACGAUUCGACAGUGGGGCGUGUCAAGCAUGCUCGCAGUGAGUGGAGCCUGGCCCCGGAGGCGCCUUCCAGCCUGGUCGUCGACCAUCACAACGAUAAAUGCACUGAUGAGCGUCUCAAACUUUUCGCGGUGCUUGUGAAGCUUGGGUUGCCCGAACAUCGCUUGACCGGUGACCACUGCAACUGGCAGGGGGUUCGCUGCCGCGACCUUUAUCGCUGCGAAGUUAUGAGCAUAGCGCUGCCACAGAAGGAUCUAAAGGGCGAGAUGUCGCCAGGAUUCAAGGAUUUGCCUGCGCUUGAAGAGCUAGACCUCGAAGGCAACCCUCAUUUGCGAGGCAGCCUUCAUGUCUUGGCGGGCUUCCAUAUCCUCCACACUUUGAAUUUGGCAGGCACAAAUGUCACUGGGAACCUUUCCGACUUGGGAAAGCAAAGAACUCUACGUGUGCUGGAGCUCUCAGGUACCGGCGUGGCGGGCAGUUUAGAAACUGUCAGGAGGAUGAAGCUCAUGACGUCCCUAGGUCUUUCAGGAACUCGCGUGGCUGGCAGCAUCCAAGAGCUGGAGGCCAUGAAGCGGCUGCACACCCUGGAUCUGUCUGGGGCCACGGGGAUCUAUGGAGACAUCAACAGCCUUAUCUUGUUGAGAGAUCUGCAGAGUGCCUCCCUGGCCAACACAAAAGUGUCUGGAAGAAUCAUCCAUGCUGGUUGGGCGGGACGCUUGCAACAGUUACAGCAUCUGGACUUGGCGGGGACCAGUACGACGCUCAUCCCAUCCAAAACAUCAACGUCUUCUGAGCCUGGCGAUGCCAACCCGACGUCAAUGCAGCUUGUAGCUUUCAACUCGCAGAUUGAACUGCCGAGAUUGCAGAGCCUUGACGUGUCCAGAUGUCCUUUAAACACCACACCUAGCGGGCUCCUACAACAUUUGUAUGGAUGCAGCAGUCUGGUGAGCCUGUCAGCCGCAUCCAGCAAUAUCACGGGCACCCUCCAUGAAGAAUCGUGGAGUUUGUUGCAAUACUUGGAUCUGUCAUACAACAACCUCUCGCACGUCGAGGGCCUCUGGGCAGGUACCUUUGUUAGCCUUGCCGCGAACCCGCCGCUCACAUUUGCCGCUGAUCUUCUUCGAAAUGCAAAGGAUACAGGAGUCCACUUGGACCUUGCAGACGUCGACUUCACAAAUGCAAGGUCGGAAGCCGCAGGCCUCCUUCAGCAUGGGGAAAUUCGGAUGACAGACGCGGUUUCACAUGUUGAUGCGGAGCAUGGGUUCGGCUGCCAUGGUUUGCGGGAUGGCUUCCUGCAGGUGACGACCUCACUGUUCCUUCCCGAGGCCUUUUGCGGAUGCCUGGUAGGGUGGCACGGGACUGGCACCAAGUGCAGGCUCUGCGAACAAGGCAAGUACAGUGACAAGUUCAACAGCAGCCAAUGCACGCCAUGCCCGCUUGGGAGUGAUACGCAAAACAUGGGCUCUACCUUACUGAAGAGUUGCACAUGCAACGUCGGCAGGAUCUCGACUAUAUCGGGCAAACCACGCUGUCAGUGUGAUCGGCACACGGCUCUGUGGGAGAAUCAGUGCAUGGACUGCAACGAGCUGCAUCUGGAGUGCCCGUACCCUGGCAGUCUAGCAGAGACAGCCUUGCCACAGCCCGGCUUUGCUCGACUUUUGCCUUUGGCACCCAGCGCCUCAAGGUGCCUGGAUCUCGUCGGCAACUGCAGUGCCUCACCAGAUCGCUCAGAGCUCGGCUGUGCCCCAGGUUAUGAAGGGCCUUUGUGCAGCGUAUGCGCUGAACGGCAUCGUUGGACCGGCAAGACGUGCCGCAGGUGUGAAGAUGACUCUGCCUAUGCCCUUUGGCCUGCAGUUGCAGCCUCUGGAGCACUGGCUGCAGCAACUAUUCUUUUCAUGGCUUGGCGGCAGAGGAGUCACGGCGAAGAAGGCACAAGGCCAGCAACGACACCGACUGCCACCUAUGUCCUCUGGCCGUUUUUGCUGGCUCAGGGUCCAGUACUUUUGCAACUCUGCCAGUUGUGGGCCGUGCUUGUUGACCUGGGAGAUCCAGUGAAUAGCAGCUACGAUGGCAAUCAGUGGCUGUGGGAGCAGGAGUACGUGAAGUGGUUUCAACUCACGGCGAGUGCAGUCCUUGAUGCACUGAGCCUCGACUGUGCCUAUGGCAGGAGGGCGCGGACACUGUGUGCUCUAGCAGCACCCUGCGUGCCUUUGCUUGUGCUGCUGCUUUGUAUGCUGGUGGAAGUCGUGGCCCAGGAGGGCACCGGUGUGAGCCUUGCGCUCAGAGCUUUGUCGUGGCUAUUCAUCGGAGGGGCCUUUCGCUGUGCGAAGCUGCUCGACUGCCAGAUGGUGGACGGAGGUGGCGAGCCUCUGAAUGAUUUGGCUUUCCGUUCCGAGCUGCCGCACGCACUAUGUUUGGACUCUCAUGGUGAUGGUAGAUGGGCAGAUAUUAUUGGAAAAACGUGUGCUGUCUCGUACCUUUUCCUCAUUCCCGCCUUCUUGGUGUAUCUCAUCAUCAAGCAGUACUUGCUUCUCAUGCCCAGCAAACGCAUUGCAUCCUCGGCGGAGUAUGAUGGAGAUGCGCUAGUGCUCCGGGUGGGAGAGAUAAAGCCGCCUCCUCAUGCCGCGACGAGGGAGGAGGAGCCGCUGGAUCAGUUGCGUGCCCAGCACUUGCUUGCAUCAGCCGUUGCCUGGAGCGCUGUUUUCUUUCGUGGCCGCGUGCGAUUCCAACUAACUGAUACUGGCUUGUCGGUGCAACGCAUUCGUCGAGGCGAAUGGGAGGAGGAGAAUGAGAUGGAGUUUGAUGCAGACAGCAUGGUGUCCACGGUCCUGGAGCGCAAGACUGAUGCAGACCUUCAGCGAUGUCACACGAUCACGAGGAUGCUAGUGGAGCGCUACAUCCUGAAGAAAGCGGGAAAGUCAGAUAGAAUCUUAGCCGGCGCCAACGAACUGUUCUUCAAGUAUGCACUGUGCCGGGACGUGUGGGUUGAGGUUGCAUUGAAGCUGGUGGCAGUCGCCUUGGUGGCAGCGGCGUCCACUUUCAAGAGCCUCUUUCUGACGCUGGGCCUCACCUUGAGCACGGCUGUGGGGGUGGGAGCCCUGAAGCCUUACAGACAGCGACAGGCCAACGACCUCCAAUGCCUCUGCUUCGGGUGCCUGUCUGUGGCCGCCGUGGGCUUCUGCUGCUCCCGUCCGUGGUUGGCACGUGGAGCUUUGGCGGCGCCAUUCACAGUUGCUGGCACGCAGGCGCUGCGGCCAGAUGGUCCGGAAGCUCUUGCGCUUCGCCUUUGGGAGGCCGCACGCAAAGAAUGGUCCGUACUCGAGACGGGCCAGCCGAUUGAGCUUUCCGUAGAUACAGUCAGCUUCGUGUGA